GUUCCAUUUCUCAUGAUUACUCUCUUACUGAGCAGACUUCAUCUUUUCCCCUACAGCUCCCAUUAAUUUAAUCUUAAUGCACCUAUUGACGUAGUUGUGCUUUUCAAACAUGAUAUUUUUAAUGAACCAAAUUCGUGUGUCCUGCAGAAGGGGUGAUUAAACUGGCGGAACUUCGUUUUUUUUCUGUUCGGUCAGGAUGAAGUAGUUUCCGGGCGACAGGGUACCAGCAGUAAACAUGGCGGAGGACCUGCUGGAAACAGUGGACAGGCUUCAGUCACGGCUCCUGGAGAAUCCAGAGCCUCGAAAGCUACUGAAGACUCUCAAAAGACUGGGGGAGCUUCCCAUGACUGUGCAUAUCCUGGUGGAAACAGGAGUGGGGAAGACUGUGAACUCCUUUAGGAAGCAUGAAGUUGCUGGUGAGACAGCGAAAAGCCUCGUAGCCAAAUGGAAGAAACUGGUUCCUCAGUCUGCAGACAGAGCCAACAGCCACGCCAAAGAAGCCUCUCGGUCCCACACACACUCGCGAGGCCCAGAGGCAGGUGGUGGAGGAGGCCACAGACGCACCCGGGAGCCUUCCCCUGUGGAAGAGCCCUCCUACAUGGAAGGAGACAGAGCCUACCACACCAAGUCCUUGCCCUCGCCUCCUCAGCAUGAGCAGUACAGCCCCCCACAGCAAGGAGGCUACCAGUCCGAAGAGUAUGAGAGCCUCGAGCCUGAGCCCAGUCCUCCUCUUCCCCCUCCUCGCAAAGAAGCCCGCCACAGCAAACCCAACAAAGAGCCCAGCAAGAACCACCACCACAGAGACCGACACAGGGACGAGGAACGGCAGCAACGCCACGCACAGACGAGUAGUGAUCGAGGAGGAGGAGAGGUCAGAGAAGGAAAGAAACGUAGUGCAGACAGAGAGAGACAGAGUCCGGUACAGAAAUCUGCCAAGCACAGCAGGAAGUCCACCACACACGAGAGCAAGGGGGAAGAGAAGAAGAAAGGAGGCAGCGAUGGGUGGCCGCGAGCCCCGAAGGAGUUUCCACCCAAGGAGGAGGAAGAGGACUUCGAGACUCCCACCAUGUCCUUUGAGUCCUUCCUUACAUACGAUGCCCCGACGUCUGUCAAGAAGAGGAAGAAGCUGCAGUCGUCGUCACACAGUCGCCCAUCUCACACUUCCUCAUCCACGUCGUCUUCUCAUCGUACACGCACCCCUCCACCUCCUUCGACCUCCUCAUCCUCGUCCGCCAAAAAGGUGAGCAAGGCGGAUGGCAACAAGAGGCUGCAUUCAAGGUCCAGUUCAUCAGCUGCUGCACCAAAACCGGAAAAACACAGGAGGGUGGUUGAGGCUGUUCCAACUCUUCCUGAAAUUCCUCUGCCGGCAAUUCAGCCCAAUUACAGACCUCUGCCCUCGAUCGACGUCACGCCGCUGUCCCCGCAGAGACGGAAAGUUCCUGCCUACAAUGACGAGGAGGACACCGGGUUCACAGGGAAGCGGUUCAACUCCAAGAUGGUGGUCUACUCAGGAUCGAAGAGCUCUUACUUGCCCAAGAUGAUGACUCUGUAUGAGCAAUGCAUCCGAGUGCUGCAGAACAACAUUGAUUCCAUCGCCGAGGUGGGUGGAGUGCCGUUUGACAUCCUGGAGCCGGUUCUGGAGCGAUGUACGCCAGAGCAGCUGUACCGCAUUGAACAGAGCAACCAGUGUUUUACGGAGGACUCUGAUGAGUUGUGGAUGCGUCACUGUCAGCGGGACUUCAAGCGCGAGUCUCCUCAGGAGUACGAGUCGUGGAGGGAAAUGUAUCUGAGGCUGCAUGACGAGCGCGAGGAACGACUGAAGAUGCUCACCCAAAACAUCACCUCUGCACACGCCAACAAACCCAAAGGGCGGCAGGUUAAGAUGGCAUUCGUCAAUUCGGUUGCCAAGCCGCCACGUGAUGUUCGCCGCCGACAGGAAAAGUUCGGCACCACCAGUGGUUCCUCCACCAUUGCUGCAACUCUCAUUAAAAUAAGGCCAGCUACCACAGACUGUUCUGGUGAAUCCAGUCACUCCUCUUCUUCUUCCCAACACAACCCUCCUCCCAGCUCGUCCCGCGCCUCAGCACCGAGUGGAGGAGCAUCAGCAGCAGCAGGGGGGGGAGGAGGAGGAGGAGGACACGUCGCCCGAGAGAAGCCACAGGUCAAAAAAAUUGCCCCCAUGAUGGCCAAAACUAUCAAAGCGUUCAAGAACAGAUUCUCCCGCCGAUAGUGUGAAAAAGACUGAAUGUAUUUUAUGAAUUCCCACUGUGUUUAUAAUUUAAGUUUAGCUAAAUUUUACUGAAGACCCCUUCGUCCCUGCACACAUGCACCGCAGCAUCAUCUCAGUCCACCAAAUGCAUCAUAUGAACUUUACAGUACUGGUGGAAGAGAUGUGUUUUUUUUAACUGGUGGUUUCUGAUUUGGGGUUCUUUAACUAGUAUUUAAAUCAGGAAUGUUGGUCAAAGGGUUGUGGCAUCUGUAUUAAGACAAUUAAGUCAAUAACUUUUUACAGGAAGCAAAACACAAAGUGUGUCACUUUUUCUGUUGCAAAAGAACAGUUGGACAUUUUGGGAAGUACACUAGUUUCUUGUUGAAGGUUAGAUGAGAAGAUUAAUACUACUCUUGGCUGCAUGGUAAAUACAUUGUCAAAUCAAAUCAGUUUUAUUUAUAUAGCACUUUAAAAACAGCAUCCAAUUGACCAAAGUACUUUACAUAGAAAUCAUGAUGAAUAACCAAAACAAAAUUAAAUAGGUUCAUUAUGUAGCUGGACCCAACAGCUGGUUAACUUAUCUUAGCAUAAAGUCUGGAAACAGGGAAAAGCUGCUAGCAUAGCUCUGUCCAAAGGCAACAAAAUCCAUCUGCCAGCACAUACACAUAAACCAGGUGUAAAAACGACAGCUGAAAGUUUUACGAGGGUUGUGCUUUGGUGCCUGCAUGUUACUAUGUUACGUUGUAAGAAUGUAAUUCAUGUCUUUAAAACGAGCAGUCGAAAGGCGACAUAUCUGAUGAUAUUUAGAUGUGGCAAAGUGGGAUCACAGCUUCUGAUGACCUGUGUCAGAAAUCAUGACCUUCAUUGUGAUGAACUUCUGUUGACGCUGGUAGAUUUUCUGGGUGUUAUUCAGCCUUUAACAAAAGCGAGAAAAAUGCCGAAUACCUGAUAAAUCAGGAUGCAGCAUUUACUGUUUUUUUUUGUUUGUUUUUUUGUUUUUUUUUAGGUACAGGUCAGAAAAUGAUCCUACUGUGCUUGCAAAUUGAACAGAACUAUAUGCAGCGUCUAAAUAUUGUCAGGUAUUUUGCCUUUGUUUUGAGUAUUUUAAAGAUUUAAUAACCAACAACCAUUUAUAGAAAGUAACCCUCCCUGCAACAGCUCAUCUAGCUGUCUUCCGGAUAUGUGCUAAAUGAAGCAAGGAAAGUUUGUUUGUAUAGAACAUUUUUAUACACAAAGGCAAUUCAGAGUGCACACAAAUAGAUAAAACAGUCAAAUGCAUACAAAAAGCAUACAGAGAUAAUAUAUUAAAAUGCAUAUAUAGGUAACUUUAGAAUUCAAAUUAGAUUAAAACAUUAAAAGCAACAAUUACAUGACAGUGUAGAUACCUAUUACUUCUAGGAUAGCUGUUGUAGACUGGAUUCUCACUUUUGUCAUUAUACUUUGUAUACUUCAGUCUUAUCAAGGAAAGCUGCUGGUUGUAGCUUCUCAUUCAUCAUGGAGCCUGGAGAUUGGCAUUUAUCUUCUCACCUAACUCAUCAAUUUUAACUUGAUAGGAUAGAACAAAUGCUACAUCUUUUAACUUAAGGAAUACUUGUUUGUUAUGUUCCUUUAUGACCAAACGAUACACUACGUUAGGAAAACCUUUAUACGCUUUUGUUUUAUCUUUUGCAUGCAUGGUGCAAGUGAACUGCAACAUCAAGACUCCAUCUCAGACAUCAAAUGGCUGGUGAAGGACUGCUUAAAAAAAGAAACCACAAACACAAAUGUGAGUUUAAACAUGUUUUGCCUGGUGACUUUUUCAGUGUGUAGGGCUACAAUAAUAGCUGUGAACCUCACACAAGCACACAGUGUAGACUUAUUUUAACCCUCCUGUGGCUUCAUACCAUGAUUUCCUGCUGUUGAAUGUGUGCAUCCCUCUUUAUGUCUGCUUCACUGUGAUAAAGAACUUGAAUGAUAGUUGACGAGAUGAGGAACAACAAGGAAAAACAAUAAGGAAAGCGGCUGAUCUGCAGCUUCAGUCUGCAGAAAGGACAAUGAGAUGUAUUUAUUUUAAACACUGGGACCUGGCUCCCCACAACAUGGGCCCAGUAGGAAGAAGGUGAAAAAUUGUAAUUUUAUUAGAUUUUAAUAAAUGUUAUAUGGUCAUUUUU